AUGAGCGACCAUACCUCGACCCUCACAGCUAUAGACGCUGUCAGCGCCUCAGCGCUAACACUCUACUAUCGCGCCAAGCAAGCCGGCCCAGACCUUGACAAUGUGGUCCCCGUCAUCCACUCCCUGUCAACCGCCCUCAAGCACUUGAAAUUCGAAGCCGAUGAUCCCGACUCCGUCCUCAACUCCCCGCGCGGCCCGGUCUACUACCGCCAGCUCAACCCCGCCAUAGAAGACUGCGAUUUUACUCUGCACCAGCUCGGGACUGUCCUCUCCAAAUACGAAAGCGGCGCCAUAUCCGGAUCUGACCAGCACGAUAUACUCGCGCUCAUCCGCAAGAAGCUCGACGAGCAGAAGCUCCAGGUCGAGUUGUUCCUGGACACCGUCCAACUCCAGAGCCCGAUCAAGACCAGCGCCGGCCUCGCUUGUUCGAACCCCGAGAGUCUCGAGGCGAUCAAAGACAAAGUUGAUACUAUCGCGAGGAAGAUUUUUGCUAGAAAGGACUCUGGCUUCGUCGAUGACGACAAUGUGCUUUGGGAGCGCUUCAGGGAUGAGCUCAUCCAAGAAGGGUUUUCCCCAGAGGUCCUACGGAAGCACAAGGAGGUUUUGAGGGCCUACAUUAGAGAGCUCGAGAGCUCGGGCACUCUUGACAACGGCCUGCCCGUUUCUGUGCGAGGACUUCUCGAAAAGGGCCGCCCACAUCCUCAGGAACUCCCAUAUCUAACCAUGUCUCCCACGUCAUACAGCCAGCCCCCACCCCUGGCGCUCCUGGCGGUGAUUGGUGACUGGGCUUUGGAGAAACGAGCCUCUGGCAGCGAUCAUGGCUCUCCCAAUUUCGACUCUUUCCGGACCCUAAUCUCCACGCACGACCUCCUCAACACGGAUCUGCCGACCCAGUUUAGCGGCAUGUACGUCUCUCCCGCCGUCAUGCAGGCUAUCCAGAGCUACAACUCAUCGCCCCCGAGAGUUAGCCAAGACGGGCUCAACCCCGAUCAAAACGGCAACGAGAUUCCCCUCGACGCCACCUGGACGAAGAUCAAGCGGAGCCUCGUCAGUCUUCUCGUUCUGGACCGCGCUGGGGUGCGGUAUGAGGCCCGUCCCGACUUUGUCGCCGUUCUUGGCGUGCUGUCGCGGGAGCAGGUCCAGGACUUUGCCAGGCAGAGCGAAGAGGUACGCGCCGCUCGAAACCGAGCCGCCGCCGGCCGCCCCUACUCUCAUCCCGCUCCCCCGGAGGCAAAAUUCCGCUGCACCAGCGAUACCUCGGAAGAAACGAGAAACGCCCGUCCCGACUACAAAACCGCCGAUGCCCAGAGCGAUGACAAGGGUACCAAGUCGUACCCAUUCAUCGUGCAUCCACCCGCCGAAAAGGACGAGGCCCAAUCUCCCUCCAGCACGGUGAAGCCGAAACCGAUCCUCAAGAACAAGAACGAGAACCGCGUUCACUUUGGCCCCAACCCAUACGAAACCCGGGCGGACGAUGAUUCCACUUCUCCCCGGCGACCCAAGGACCAGGAUAAGCCCAAGAGGAGGUCCCGGGGCGGUGACGCACUGUACGCAGCGGGUUUGGGCGGUGCUGCUGCUAGCUUGAUGAGUGUGCUUGCCGAAGCCGCCGCGUCGUUGUGA